GUCACCAAGCACUUCCCGGACUAAAGUGUGGAAAGUCAGCGAGAAGAAAGGAACCGUGUUAUGCCUUUAAACAGUGGAGAGUUCUGGACUUUAAUGUGAUCAUCUGGACUUUCAUGUGAUCAUCUGGACUUUCAUGUGAUCACCUGAAGACUCGAUGGCAGGACUUUGAGACUCGCUCCACCCACGGCCUGACAAACAGAGCAGGUGCAGAGAAACUGGAAUCAAAGAUGGCGUCCUCUGUCCUCCUGUCUCCUGGGAAGACAGCGGCGCUGCGGGUCGACCCGGCCAACGUCCCGACCCUGGAGGUCAAACUGGGAGCACUGGCGGUGCUGCUGUCCGUCACACUGCUGUUUGGGUUCGCCCCGCUCUGCAUCGUUCGGGGGUCGGGGCGCUGCAGCGUGGACCCAGAUCUGCAACGUCGACUGCUCAGUCUGAUCAGCUGUUUCGCUGGCGGAGUUUUCUUUGCCACUUGCCUGCUGGACCUGCUGCCGGACUACCUGCAGGCCAUCGACGAGGCCUUCAGCAACGCAGGGAUCACACUCCAGUUCCCUCUGCCCGAGUUCAUCGUGGCCAUGGGCUUCUUCCUGGUCCUGGUCCUGGAGCAGAUCAUCCUGGCCUUCAAGGACCAGUCAUCGUCACAUGUGGAGGAGCGUCGGUCUCUGCUGGUGGACUCCAGUGUCCAGGCAAGCGACCGAAACCAUCACCACCGUCGAGGAUCCAGGGACAGUGAAGGUGGCCACUUCCACGUGGACUUCAGCUCUCAGUCAGCCCUCCGCGCCUUCAUCCUGGUCUUCUCGCUCUCUCUGCACUCCGUGUUCGAGGGGUUGGCGGUGGGGCUGCAGGAGGAGGGGAAGGAGGUUUUGGAGAUCUGCCUGGCGCUGAUAAUCCACAAGAGCAUCAUCUCCUUCAGUCUGGCCUUGAAGCUGUCCCAGAGCCGUCUGAGGCGGUCUGUGGUGGCCGGCUGCCUUCUGCUGUUCGCAGUCAUGUCUCCUCUGGGCAUCGGCCUGGGCAUCGGUCUCACCGACACCAGAGCGCACCAGCUGGCUCGCUCCACACUGGAGGGACUGGCCACGGGAACCUUCAUCUACAUCACCUUCAUGGAGAUCCUGCCCCACGAGCUCAGCUCGCCCAGACACCGCAUGCCCAAGGUGGCCAUGCUGCUGCUGGGCUUCGCUGUGGUGACCGCUGUGCUCUUCAUCAAACUGUAGCCAUGGCAACGCAGAGAAUCGGCAAGAGUUUGCGCAUUUGACGACAAUCUUGUCUCCCUGAUGCUACGUUUUUAUAGAAACAAGGCAACAAACCUCAGUCUGCUUCAUGAGGCCCGAGGUACAGAAACCAAAAUCCAGUCACAUUCACAAACACACUGUUAAAUUCAGCCAAAUACGAUGUUCAUUAUCAAUCCGAUACCAGAUUGCAUAUCAAAAACACGUACGUCAAAUAAAAGAGCGGAAAAGCCAAGCGGUUUGGUAAAAUUUGGUAAAAAAGACCUGCCUGGCUAACACCCGAAUGAGUCACCCCCCCGCUUUCAAGAGGUGUGACCAAUGGACGUAGAUCAAUAUGCUUCUCUACGCAAUUGGGCAAACCUGCAACCACUCAGAGCAAUGAGCUGGACGACUUAUGCACGUGACAGUAAUGGUGUCUCACGGCUUUUUACUGGGGAGCUUAAAAGUGGAAUCAGCCAUGUUGGACGUAUACAAAUGCUGCUAGACAUCGCGUCUCUGUCGCCAUCCUUCUAAACCCGCCUCUAGUGCACCACGCCAGUAGUUUGGGAUUAGUUCCGCCCUUUUUUUCCUUUUUUUUUCUUUAGUUGAUCCCGUAGUUGGCCAAAGCGGCGUCGUUGCCGGACACAUCUGCAGAAUCGCUGGCCGAGAGAUACUCAAGUCUCUGAUAAUGGCAUCGGAAAUGGUGAUGAAAAAGUUGAUCGGGGACCAUAUACUGAAUUGACGCAAACUGGAUUUGAAAAUCAGGGAUUAUUUCCUGUGUCCGCGUAGAACUGUUAAAAAAAAAUAAAACUUUUUACCAGAUAGUCUGGUAAUGUGACCCGAGUCGUAAAUGCAUUUUCCGAUGUAAAUGGAACGCAGCAUUAGCAUGCGGCUAGUUGUUAGCAUUCCUAAUCUCCGUGAAAGAUUCUAAUCAUUUUAGCUGUCCUCGUCAGUCCAGCAAAUUUAUCGGCCUGGAUUUCGCAAAUUAUUAUUUAAAUUUGUUUUGGUCUCUGUUUUCUUCUAUUAUUUCCGGGUAUUAGCCGUGGGGGUGGGGCAGAGAACCCUGGUCUGUGUUAGUCCGACUUUGGGAAAUCUGUUUUAAUACAUUUUCACUCAUGUUUAUCUGUAGUUUUGUAGUCUGAUUUCAGUUGAUGAGAUAUUAAUUGUUUGUUUCUUGACUGAAUGACUCAAAUAUGUAUAUAUUUGAGUCAUUCAGUCAAGAAGUGGAUCAAAAAGGUUUUUUUUUGUGGAAAUGAAACCAAACUGUAAUAAAAAAAAAAACAGUUUCCAAAAAACCUCCAGCCUUAAAAUUCACACGUUUUUAUUUUUAAAGGGAAAAAUAUAUAUAUAUAUAUAUUUCGGCGACUUUGAUUAAUUUAAUUUCCAUGAUGCCAAAGGAGUGCAGACGAUAUUCUUUAUGAAAUCAUCUUUUUUUGUGUGUGAUGACAUUAACGUGUGGUUUUUAAAUCACUGACAAAAGUGUAUUUUUGUAAUUCUGUCACCAAAGGACCAGAGAGCUGAAUGUGUGCAGUGUAAUAUUUGUUUUUGUGAAACAACAUGAAAGAAUUAAACAGAAAAUUGUU